GUGCAUGUGUGGGAAGCCAGACGAAAGUGUUUGGAGCUCCUCUCUCUGUCUCUCUCUGUCUCUCUUCCUUCCCAUCAAUGGAAAUCCACAGGCUGAACCAGGUGUGACAGUUGAGGGGAAUCAGAGACUGUUGUCUGGGGGCUUGGUGAUGAUGCUAGAAGGGUGCCAUGGUACCGAACCAUCAGCUGCUGAAUCAUCAUAUCUCUGCAUGCUCAUCCAUUGUAAAUAAAGCUGUUCUCAGCCCAGUUUGGUGAAGGGCGUGGCGGGGAAGGGAGAGCCGAUGAAGACAGAACUGAUGAAGGAGCCGCCUAGCAACAGAGAAGGAGACGGAGCGGAGGAGGGGGUCACGGACAGGCGGCCGGAGCCCCCCAGGGGGGAGGUGGAGAUGAACGGGACCUGCGAGCGGCCGGGGGCAGGAAAGUCCCCUCACGGCUCCGGCGCCAGAGCGGGGGGGCGGCCGGGCGAGGCGAGCGGGGUUUCGCGGAUCCGUGAGAACGGCGUGGCGGACCGGGACGCCCCGCACGGCUCCGUCACCGGGAGCAACGGCUUCAUCCUCGGGGGCCAGCAGCUGGAGGGCGGGGCGGCGGCCACGCACAGGACUAGCGGCUCGCCCGCGGCCCCCUCUUUGGUGGGACACGCCACCAAGACCUUCCCGCCCUCCUCGGGCCUAGCCAGAGCCCGGAAUCUUGGUGCAUCAAAGACUGACGCGGGCGCGGGCGCGGGCGGGGAGACAGAGACUAAAAACGGAAUGGCCCAACCCCCCUCGCAACCGGUCACCGUACACCGGGCGCGCAAGACCAUGGCAAGGCCCGCCUCCAACCAGUCAACACUAAAGCUUCUGAACAGGGAACUAAAAGAACCAAACGUCAGGAAAGAGGAGAUUCAGACGGAGGCUGAGAAACCCCCACAGACACCCCCACCUUCCCAAAACCAACUACCUCGGAACCAAAACGAAUCAGCAACUGGCCCCACCAAGACACAGACAGCAGCGGUGGUCGGGUCGCGGAAGAAGAAGAGGAAGAUGGGGACCUACAGCCUCGUCCCCAAGAAGAAAACCAAAGUGCUGAAGCGCUCAGUGCUGGAGAUCUUCAAGGACCUGAGCCGUGCCUCUCUCACUGCUCAGAAGGAGAGAUUGCACAUGAACGGAGAGAGUGUGGAAAACGAGUCUGAGGAGGAAGAGUCCGAGGACGGGGAGGGAGAGGAGUCGGAGGAAGAAGAGGAACAGAGCGGGGAGGUGGUGGAGGAGGGUGUGGCCGCCCCCCAGGAUGUGGGCAGAACAGAGGAGAGCAGUACACCACAGGGGGUUGGGGAGGCGGGGGAGGAGCAGGAGACAGAGGAGUCAGGCGAUGAAGAUGGUGAAGAGGAGGGCAACGACUCAGACCUGAGCUCCGAGUCCGGCCUGAAGAAACGACUGAAGAAGAAAGGAAAAAGCGACAAUCCCUGGCUGCGGCCAUCCAGGAAGCGCAAGCGGAAGAUGAAAUCGAAGGCCGAGGGUCUCUCAGGCAAUGAGGCUGAGCCUCAGGCCCUGGCUGGUAUCAGCAAGGAGUACACUGAGGUGCCCCUGGACUCGCUCAACCUCAAGGCCCAGGAGGAGCUGCUCUCAUCUCAGCACUCUGGAGUGUCCGAGGGCGGGGUCGCCAUGGAGACCGACAUGGUGCAGGACCUGCCGCUCUGCAGCUGUCGCAUGGAGACGCCAAAGAGCCGCGAGAUCUUCACGCUGGCCGACAGGAAGUGCAUGGCCACGGAGAGCGUGGACGGCCAGUUGACUCGGUGUCAGAGUGGAGUGAUGAAACAGGAAAUGAUGCGGCCCUCCAACUCAGUGCAGCUGAUGGUUCUGUGCGAGGCCCACCGGGCCGGUAUGGUUCAGCACCAGUGCUGUCCGGGCUGUGGUUACUUCUGCAGGGCGGGGACCUUCAUGGAGUGCCAGCCGGACAGUAACAUCUCGCACCGGUUCCACCGAGCCUGCGCCUCAGUCUUGAAGGGCCAGAGCUUCUGCCCGCACUGCGGAGAGGACGCCGGCAAGGCCAUGGAGGUCACCAUCGCCAAGGCCGACACCACCUCCCGGGUCCUCCUCGCACCGCCCGCCGGGACCACCGGCCUCACCGAGGGACGGGCCGACACCACCACCGGCGGCCUCUCCAGUCUCUCGUUCUCUGGAGAGGACAAGGUGGACAGCUCCCUCUCCAAAUCCCCAGAGGUGCUGGACACGUCCCCCGGAGGUUCGAAGGUGGGGCCCGGAGGCGUGGGGUCCCCGCCCGGACAGCCGAAAGAGACACUGGAGAGCAUCCUCCUGGCACUCGAUGCAGAGAAGCCCAAGAAGCUGAGGUUCCACCCCAAGCAACUGUACAUCUCUGCCAAACAGGGGGAGCUCCAGAAGGUGCUAAUGAUGCUUGUGGACGGGAUCGAUCCCAACUUUAAGAUGGAGAGCCAGAGCAAACGCACGCCCCUGCAUGUAGCAGCCGAGGGGGGCCACCAGGACGUCUGCCACAUGCUCGUCCAGGCUGGGGCUAACCUGGACAUGUGCGAUGAGGACCAGAGAACACCCCUGAUGGACGCCUGUGAGAACAACCACCUGGAAACGGUCCGCUACCUGCUGAGGGCUGGGGCCAUCGGCAGUCACAAGGACGUGGAGGGAUCCACGUGUCUCCAUCUGGCUGCUAAAAUAGGGCAUUUUGACAUUGUACAGCAUCUCAUAUCCACUGGAUCAAUAGACAUCAACUGUCAGGAUGAUGGAGGCUGGACUGCCAUGAUCUGGGCGACGGAGUACAAGCACGUAGAGCAGGUCAAACUCCUGCUCUCCAAAGGGGCGGACAUCAACAUCAGAGACAAGGAAGAGAACAUCUGUCUCCACUGGGCGGCCUUUUCUGGCUGUGUGGGCAUCGCUGAGAUCCUCCUGGAGGCUCGCUGCGACCUGCAGGCCGUCAACAUCCACGGCGACUCGCCCCUCCACAUCGCCGCCCGCGAGAAUCGGCUUGAGUGCGUGACGCUGUUCCUCUCGCGCGGGGCAGAUGUUGUCCUGAAGAACCGGGAGGGGGAGACGCCGCUGGAGUGCUGCAGCCAUAACUCCAAAGUGUGGGGCACCCUGCAGGCCAGCAGGAAGCUGAGAGACGCCGAGGCCAACGGGGCCGUCCAGGGGGAGAAGGUCCUCAGCAGGGACAUCGCUCGGGGGUACGAGAAGAUUCCUGUCCCAUGCGUUAACGGGGUGGACAGCGAACCCUGUCCCGACAACUACAAAUACGUCCCCGACAAUUGUGUCACCUCCCCCAUGAACAUAGACAAGAACAUCACCCACCUCCAGUACUGCGUGUGCAAAGAUGACUGCUCCUCAACCAACUGUAUGUGCGGCCAACUCAGCCUGCGCUGCUGGUAUGACAAGGAGGGGCGUCUGCUUCCCGAGUUCUGCCGUGAGGAGCCUCCGCUGGUGUUCGAGUGCAACCACGCCUGCUCAUGCUGGAGGACCUGCAAGAACCGCGUGGUGCAGAACGGUCUACGGAUCCGACUGCAGCUGUUCCGAACCCGUAAGAUGGGCUGGGGCGUGAAGUCACUGCAGGACAUCUCCCAGGGCACCUUCGUCUGCGAGUACGUGGGGGAAAUCAUUUCAGAUGCGGAGGCUGAUGUCAGGGAAAACGACUCCUACCUGUUCAACCUCGACAGUAAGGUGGACGACGUGUACUGCAUCGAUGCCCGUUUCUAUGGCAACAUCAGCCGGUUCAUUAACCACACGUGCGAGCCCAACCUGUUCCCUGUGAGGGUCUUCACCUCUCACCAGGACCUGCGUUUCCCCCAUAUCGCCUUCUUCGCCAGUCGCAACAUCAGCGCCGGGGAGGAGCUUGGGUUUGAUUACGGUGACCACUUCUGGGAGAUCAAGGGCAAGUUCUUCAGCUGCCAGUGCGGCUCGACCAAGUGCAGGCAUUCUGCGGCUGCCAUCGCCCAGAGACAGGCUGACAGCACCCCCGAGGGCAACCAAUCAGGAGCCCUGCCUGACACCAGCUCUUCCCCCACCACGCCCUCCAGCCCCUGUUGAGACCCGCCCUCUGGCUCCAUGGCCCUACCAAGCCAUUUGACCCAAUCACACCACACCAGCACAAGCCCCGCCCCUCACCCUAUCCCAGGACCACGCCCUCAUUCACAGCCAGCCUUCACAUUGGUCAGUGCGACUGGUGGCAGUUUGUACGGAUGUCUGUACAUGUCCCAGUGUCCCUCACAGCCUGGUCGUUUCAGUCCCCUCCCUCCCCCCGGUCAUGCCCACGUCUUCGCUCAGCGGAAGGGAGGCUGCUGGGAAAUGUAGUCCUCUUAACUUCUUCUUUUAUGGUUUGGAUUUUUAAUUCGUAGCCUUGCUCUGGUUUUGCCAGGGUAACGGGACAGACCGCACACCCCCAAAAAAUAACUGUGGAGGUUACUUUCUGCACCUCUAAGCAAUGGUUUGGAUAAUGAUUCAUGCAUCUACAUCCAAGAGGAAAAUUAAGCAGGAUUGUAAAUUACCCAGCAUGCAUCUGUAGCAUACGAGUAGGUCGGUUAUGCCGUUUUGGCCUCCCAAGUAAUUCCUUUGGAACACCGUUAAAUUACCGUAAAGAUGAUUUUUAAGAAAGAAAAAACAAUUUAUUUACCUCGUUAAGCUCUGUGUCAUCAAUGCAAGGGGAAAUGGUGGAAGUUUUAAAGGUUAUUUCACAUUGUGUUUGUUUCAUUCCUCUGAACGUGAUUUAGAUGAGAUUUGGAUGUUAAGAGGGGUAAACAUGGUGAACAGCACUGUGGAAUCGCAAAUAGUUUUUUAGUUUUUUUUUUAGUUUUUUAGUUUUUUUUUUUUUACACCUAGCCCCUGACAUCUCGUUUAGUUAUUGAAAUUCAUCAUUAGUAUUUAAUCCUAUUUUCAGGUUGUGUUUUCGGGGUGUUCUUCGGAAAUUCUCUGCAAGUGGACCUCAGCCCGUUAUCAGAUGCCGUUAUCAGCUGCACAUCAACUACCAAUCAGGAGCAUGAACCUGCCGGUGAUGCUCAUGAGCUGUCACUCGACUCUGUGGAUUCCUUUAUCUUGAGCUGGAUGACAGCUUUUCUCCCACACAAUGACAUCACUACUCCGGAACACUUUCCCCCCAGGGUCCCAAGGGGAGGCAGCAGCGUGCUUGUGUGUGUGUGCCACCUUUUGUUAAUAUUUAUGUCAUUUCUAUUGAAAUGCCAAAAUAACAGAUGGCAAGCGUUGCGAUCAAGGGCACGUCCAUAACAGCACGUCUUAUGAGGCAGAAGAGUGGCAAAGUUUUUUUUUUUUUUAGUUUUUUUUAAUCAAACCUUGAAAUAUUUGGGGUGAAGUUUGGGUCAGAAUUUGCUGGGGACAAGAAAAUGGUGCUGACAAAGGUGUUUUAUUUUUUUUUAUUUUGUAUUACUCGCCAAGUGAAUACGAGUUGUAAAAUAAGAGGAAGUGAUUUUUUUUUCCUUUUUUACUUUUAAAUUUACCUCCAGUUUUCUAACUGUAGUAAUUGUAGUUAGUAGUUUUUGUUUCAUGGAUAAAGCUCAUUAUUCCUUGUGUCUUUUUAAAUGUGGUUAGUAUGGUAGUCUAUCUUGUGCGGAUUCUCAGAGAUGAGUACAAAUGAAAAGACAAAAAAAAAACUAUUAUCUUUCUUUACUUUCUGUUACAUAUUUCUGGACAGUGAAUUAUGAUGAUCUGUCUAAUUGGUUGUAUCUUUCCUUUUUCAAUAAAUUUACUACUAAUGA